CCACCCCGCACCGGGCGCCGGGCGUGCCCACUCCGCGCGCGCGACCUCCACGCCAUCCGCGCACCCUACGUUGGGCUGCGGCGCGAGCUGGGGUCAGCGGCGGGAGGCCUGGGCUGGAGGCGGGCCCGGGAGUGGCCGGGGCUGAGGCGUGGGUCUCGGAAGGCCCGGCGAGAGGGGCAGCGCGGUGGGCGCGCCGGGAGCCUGGCGGGAGUGCGAGGCGGCUGCCGGCAGUUACGGACUGACGCCGCCUCUGGACGCCUGGCCUCGUCCCCAGAAGCAGCCUGCGAGCCCCUGUGGCGCCCCUCCCAGGGCCAGACGCGUGCCAGGCGAAGUGAGGCGGCGCCGGGGCUCCCUGGACCGGACGCGGGCGAGGGGGCGGGACGACGGGCUCAGUGGGCGCCGACCCGGGAGACUGGACGGGAGCGGAGGGAGCCGAGCCCCGCCGACCCCGCCUGCUCUCCUAGGCGGGCCUGGCCUGCGGAAGAUGGACGGCGAAAGGCGGCCGGCGCUCGGCCCGCCCGCCCAGAGCCUGCUGGCCGACGGGCACCUGGUCCUGUGGACGCUGUGCUCCGUGCUGCUGCCGGUGUUCAUCACCUUCUGGUGCAGCCUUCAGCGGUCGCGCCGGCAGCUACACCGCAGGGACAUCUUCCGCAAGAGCAAGCACGGGUGGCGCGACACGGACCUUUUCAGCCAGCCCACCUACUGCUGCGUGUGCGCGCAGCACAUCCUGCAGGGCGCCUUCUGCGAUUGCUGCGGGCUCCGCGUGAACGAGGGCUGCCUCAAGAAGGCCGACAAGCGCUUCCAGUGUAAGGAGAUCAUGCUCAAAAGCGACACCAGGGCCCCGGACGCCAUGCCCCACCACUGGAUCCGCGGCAACGUGCCCCUGUGCAGCUACUGUGUGGUUUGCAAGCAGCAGUGCGGCACGAAGCCCAAGCUCUGCGACUACAGGUGCAUUUGGUGUCAGAAAACAGUACAUGAUGAAUGCAUGAAAAAUAGCUUAAAGAAUGAGAAGUGUGAUUUUGGAGAAUUUAAAAACCUCAUCAUUCCACCAGGUUACAUAACUUCCAUUAACCAGAUGCGUAAAAACAAAAAAACAGAUUAUGAAGUGCUAGCAUCCAAGUUUGGAAAGCAGUGGACCCCAUUAAUAAUCCUGGCCAACUCUCGUAGUGGAACUAACAUGGGAGAAGGACUAUUGGGAGAAUUUAAGAUCCUGUUAAAUCCAGUCCAGGUUUUUGAUGUAACUAAAACUCCUCCAGUCAAAGCCCUGCAACUUUGCACUCUUCUUCCCUGUCACUCAGCGCGGGUCCUCGUUUGCGGAGGGGAUGGUACUGUGGGCUGGGUCCUGGACGCAGUUGAUGAGAUGAAGAUUAAGGGACAAGAAAAAUACAUUCCCCAGGUUGCAGUCUUGCCUCUGGGAACAGGCAACGAUCUGUCCAAUACACUGGGCUGGGGUACAGGUUAUGCUGGAGAAAUCCCAGUUGCACAGGUCUUGAGAAAUGUAAUGGAAGCAGAUGGAAUCAAACUAGAUCGAUGGAAAGUUCAGGUCACCAAUAAAGGAUAUUAUAACCUAAGAAAACCCAAGGAAUUCACAAUGAACAACUAUUUUUCCAUUGGACCUGAUGCGCUCAUGGCUCUCAAUUUUCAUGCUCAUCGUGAGAAGGCGCCAUCUCUGUUUUCUAGCAGAAUUCUUAAUAAGGCUGUUUAUCUGUUCUAUGGAACCAAAGAUUGUUUAGUACAAGAAUGUAAAGAUUUGAAUAAAAAAGUUGAGCUAGAACUGGAUGGUGAGCGAGUGGAACUGCCUAAUUUGGAAGGUAUCAUCGUUCUCAACAUUGGCUACUGGGGCGGUGGCUGCAGACUCUGGGAAGGGAUGGGAGACGAGACUUACCCUCUUGCCAGGCAUGAUGAUGGGCUGCUGGAAGUCGUCGGUGUGUACGGGUCUUUCCACUGCGCUCAGAUUCAGGUGAAACUGGCAAACCCCUUCCGCAUAGGACAAGCACACACAGUGCGGUUGAUCUUAAAGUGCUCCAUGAUGCCAAUGCAGGUGGAUGGGGAGCCGUGGGCCCAAGGGCCCUGCACUGUCACCAUAACUCACAAGACACAUGCUUCAAUGCUUUAUUUCUCUGGAGAACAAACGGAUGAUGACAUCUCCAGUGCUUCGGACCAAGAGGAUGUAAAGGAGGCUGAAUACAGUGAUGAAGACGUGCAAACUUAGCGUAUCAUCUGCACAAAUGUAGAUAGGUGAUCCUCCCGAAGGAGGAAUUCUGUACCAGCUGUUCAUUUUUCAUUUCACUCAUAGUACAAUGGGUACAUGUUCAUGUAAGUAGCAUUCCCCAAGCUGCCAAACUCCCAGCUCCUACAAACUCCAAUUUUUUCAGCAAGAUACUUUGGUCAUGUAUUACUAACUCUGAAAAAGUCACAGAAAGCAUGAAGGUGAAAUUUUUUCACAGCUGUGUUUGAGAGUGGGGCUCUCCCUGAAGUAUGCGCUGUCUCAUUGCUUUUUCUUGAACAACACAUAUUGGAUGGACAGGAUGUGGGUGGAAAGAUCAUGUCCAUCUUAAUUUUUAGUGCGGUGACACCAUACCACAUUACAAACCAAUUUGCUUUCUUUGAGAGGAAACUUCAGACCAGCAUGGUUGGUGCUGGGUGUCCGUGGCAGCAUGCCUCUGCGGACUUCCUGUGCCCUAAACAAGUGAGUCCCCACGGAGUGAUUUCCAGAAAACCUGAGAGGAAUGUAAAAGAAAGACAAAACGUAAAAUGUUUAAGUCCUUCAGUUUUCUUUUUGUGGUGCUGGGGAUUAAACCCAGAUCCUUACAGAUUCUAAGCAAGUGCUGUAUCGCUGAGCUACAACUCCAGCCCCAGGAUCUUUUUUUAUAUAAGAAGAGAACCAGAUAGGUGAAUUGUUCUUAAAAAGCAUUUAGAGCACUUUGGAUUGAAAGUUACGGGUUCCAAACUGGACAGUUCACCGAAUUCUCUUUUGAUUAAAAGACAGUGUCCACAACUCAAAAAAAUAUAUAAAUGCUUAAACUCAACAGUCAAAUGAAUUGUUCAAAAAAAAGUCAAGACUGUCAUGUUUUCAAGGUUCAGUAGUUCUUGUUGUAUUUUUGGAAUACAGUAGUCUUUUGUAUCUAACAUACUUGACAAAAUUCCCCCUUGGGGAAGGUAAGUGGACAGAAGCCUCUGCUAAAAUGUUUAUAUCAUAUUUAUUUUACAGUAAGAGAGAGAGAUAUAUUUUUAACUUAUUUAUUAUUUAUUGUGGUAUCAGACUUGUGUUUAGUGUUUACACUGGAAUUAUAUAGCUUUAUUUAGUAAGUUAAAUUGGUCACAUACAUUGUGCAACUGCUACUCCCAGUCAGAUAAUUAAAUCCUAACUUAAUUCUCCUGACAGAUAUACCACCAAGAUGUUCUCACUUAUCAGUGUUUAGGAGGGAGGCCAUGAAAAGCACUGAGCACCUACUGCUUCUGGACGACCAAAAGCUUUGUUCCACUGCUAGUUGUCUCUUGGUUGGCAAAUACGUUUUAAAGGGUGGUUCCGUGACUGCCCACUAGAGGGCGCUCUUCGGCUGUUGUCAGCCGCAGCCCCGGCCCUGCAGCCAGGCACACCGAGGCGUCCAGCCUGGAGUUUUUCUGACAGAUGGUCCAUUUGUGAGCUUGGUGCUCUUUCAUGAAAUUACUGUAAUCUCUGGAAGAUAAGAAUGUAUCCCCCAAAACCAUUAGCUUCCUUUAAGGAUCCGCUCUGAAGCUAUCACCCACGAAUUGCCAUGAACUUCAGUUUGAGUCACCUCAGGCCCAUGCCAUGUUUUGAAAGAACUCAGUAAAUGUAGGCCGUUACCUACCACGUCAUAUAGAAUACUUUUAUCUUGCUAAAUUAACCCCUUCCAGAUCUCCACAGGUGAUGCUAAAUUCUAGGAUUUGAAAGAUUUUGUUCCCAAGUCUGUUUUCAGCUUAUUCAUUCACAUUUUAUAGUAGGUAACCCACUCACAGAAGUGGUGGGAAAAGCCAGGCAUGGUGGUGCACACCUGUAGUCUCAGCCCUUGGAAGGCUGAGGCAGGAGGACUGCCAUGAGUUCAAGGCCAGCCUAGACUACAUAGUGAGACCCUGUCUCUGAAAUAAAAAAAAAGUUGUUUUGUCAGUUUUCCUUUAUGGAUGAUCAUAUUUUGAGUAUUAUGAAAUUUAUCCUUUAAUUCAUAAUCAAGACAGUUACAGAUACCACAUUUCAUAAAUACAGUGUCAUAUUUACUUUGUUGUAGGCUGUAUUAUACCUAUAACUGGUAUUGCUAACUAUAGUAGAAACAAAGCAGUUAAUUUGGGAAAUAAGAAUUAAAACAACCAAGAAACUGCAUAGGUUUUUUUAAUUGCUAAAACUAUUCUAACCACAAUGUUACACUGGAUUUACAACAGAUUAAUGAACAAUGCUUUCAUUUAUUUAAACAAAUUAAUUUUUCAGUUAUAAUCUGGUGAGGUAUUUUCUUUUCCGACUGGCCCUUCAUAAAGUUUUUCUGCUGCCUUGUUCACUCAUUCAGACUUAAUUUUUCUUUAGGAAAGUUAUUUCAGAAUUCUGUGUCAUAAAAUAUAAUAUUAUCUUGUUUUAGCAAAAUUCACCUACCUUUUUAGGAACUAGUUACCCACCGUUUCUGAUAAAUAUAUAGGCAUGUGCCUUGUUUAAAUGAAUACAAUUUGUAAGACUUCAUGUUCACAAGUUAUAUAGUAGAGUAAUAAUUGUUUAUAUUACCAGGGAUUCUGUACAUUACAAAAUAAUGUAAGAUUUUUCCAUUUAAAAUUUUCUUGGUAUUAAAUAACUUCUACAUUCUCAGGAAAAAAUAUAAGAAGUAAAUCUUAUUUCCUUAUCUGUUGCCACAUUUCUCUCAUCUUUUACUGCCCUAAUAUAUUCCUAAUUCCUGUAAACUUAUGGCUAAAACAGUGAAAACCUGGCAGCUCGUUACAUGAUAACGUUCAGUGCUUUGUUAUAUUUAGUAGGAGCCAAACGGCCUUGUGUUUUAGAAUACAAAUUGCCUAUUAAGAUGACAUAAGUGUUUUAGGUUUUCUGCAACUACUUACUAGCUGUGAACCUUUAAUGUGGCUAUUGUUUAUAAAAAUUUUAUAUUCAAAAUUAUUUGUCUUUAUUUUUUUAGGGUGUGUCAAAACAUGUAGUAUUUGCUUUUUGAAAUACAUUUGCCUACGUGGAGUUGUAAAAUACACAGAGACUCAGAAACUGCAGUCCUUUUUGCGCUGUAAAAAUGAAUACUACCAGCAUGUCAAAAGAAAAAUAAUUUGCAUUUGUAAUAUAAACUACAAUUGUAGCCAA